AGUUUUCUGUAGCUCCGAAAGAGACAGUGCGGAGUUUGAUCGAUUGUUCUUUCCGACAAUGUCGUCUCCUGAGGAGAAGAAGAAGAGGAAGAGGAUGAGUACAACCAAGAAGAAGAAGCCGCCGCUUGUGCUCACGCCGACGGCGACGCAAUCUACCCCAAACCCUUCGCUUCCCGAUGAUUUGUUACUCAGCUGCUUUGCACGCGUCUCGAGAUUGUACUACCCGACUCUCUCACUCGUCUCCAAGACCUUUCAAUCUCUCCUCGCUUCGCCUGAGCUUUACAAGACCCGCUCGUCUAUAGGCCGCACGGAGAGUUGUCUCUAUGUGUGCCUACUGUCCCACCCCGACCCUAUCCCUCGCUGGUACACCCUCUGCCGGAAACCUGACAAAACCCUAACCACCAAUGAAGACACCAAGAAGCUGAAGAAGAAGUCCAGUGGGUAUGUUUUAGCUAAGAUCCCAACCUCCCAUUCUGGUCCUGUGCACUGGUCGGGUCUAGCGACAGUUGGUUCAGAUAUCUACAACAUUGGCGGGCUUAUCAACGACGACAAGGACCCCUCUUCUAGAGUCUUGAUCAUGGACUCCAGGUCCAACAGGUGGCGUGAGGGUCCGAGCAUGCUGGUAAAGCGGAGGUACCCUGUCACCAGUGUCCUUGAUGGAAAGAUAUAUGUAGCAGGAGGCUGCAAAGGUUGCAGCAGUUCCUCUGAGUGGAUGGAGGUUUUCGAUCCAAAGAACCAAAGUUGGGAGCUUGUGUCAAGCCCUGGCACUGAGAUAUGUGGCUGUAACUAUGUAAGCAAACGUGCAGGAUUUGAUGGAAAGGUAUACAUGUUUGGAGGCGGUAAUGGUUUGGCUUACAAACCUAGGGAAGGUCGAUGGGAAAGGGUGGGAUGGGAGAUGGAUACGAGUUGGCCAUGGUAUUCUUAUGCGGUGAUUGACAACGUGCUCUACCAAUACAAUGGAGGUUUCAAAUGGUAUGACACUAAUGCAAGAGUCUGGAAGGGUUUGAAGGGUGUUAAAGGACUGCCUAAUUUCCCUCGUUAUAUUGCUAGAUUGGCGGACUAUGGUGGGAAGAUGGCUGUUUUGUGGGAAAGGGUUUUGGCUUCCACUGGAUUCAAGGACAAGAUGAUUUUGUGUGCAGUGAUUGCUCUUGAAAGACGCAACAGUGAAGAGAUUUGGGGCAAGGUGGAAUGGCAUGACACUGUGCUUACAGUCUCCAAGUCAUGCAGGGUUGACUAUGCUCUUGCUACUACCGUUUGAUGAAUAACAUAUGUGAUGAAUCUUUUUGUA